GCCAGCGGCGACGAAGAUGCUGAGGCAGCACCUCUCUCUCUUCUCCUUCUCCUCUUCUUCCUCCCCUAUUUAUACGGCACUCGCGCGCCUCGCCAAGCGGAAUAGCAGCCAUCGUGUUCAUCUCGCGUCCAGAAACACAAGCUCAAGCUCUAGAAGUAGCGCCAACAACAGACCUCUUCUGUUCCUAGUCCUCUUCCUCCUGAUUCUUGCUGUGACCGCCGUCUUCUUGUUCCCACCAGCGAUCAUGUCUUCGUCUUCCUCGUCCGUGCCGUUCGAGAGUCCGAGGAAGGUGGUGAAGAAGGUUCUGUCCUUGUCCCAGUCCGAGGGGGACGGCGCCACCGUCCGCCGGAGCAUCGGCCGGCACGAGCUCCCGAACCUGGACCCGUUCCUGCUGCUCGACGAGUUCUCCGUCUCCAAGCCCGCCGGCUUCCCCGACCACCCGCACCGGGGCUUCGAGACCGUCACCUACAUGCUAGACGGGGCCUUCACCCACCAGGACUUCUCGGGCCGCAAGGGUACCAUCAGGACCGGAGAUGUGCAGUGGAUGACGGCUGGGCGCGGCAUCGUGCACUCGGAGAUGCCGGCAUCCGACGGCGUGCACAAGGGCCUGCAGCUCUGGAUCAACCUCGCCUCCAAGGACAAGAUGAUCAAGCCGCGGUACCAGGAGCUCGAGAGCAAGGACAUCAGCCAGGCCGAGAAGGAUGGCGUGGCGGUGCGGAUCAUCGCCGGGGAGGCCUUCUGGGUGCGGUCGCCGGUCUACACGCGGACGCCCACCAUGUACAUGGACUUCACGAUGCAACCAGGGUCGCAGUUCCACCAGCCGAUCCCCGAGGGCUGGAACGCAUUCGUGUACAUCAUAGAGGGCGAGGGCGUGUUCGGCAAGGAGGGCGCGGCGCCGGCGAGCGAGCACCACUGCCUCGUGCUCGGCGCCGGCGAUGGCCUCAUCGUGUGGAACCGGUCCGGCGCGCCGCUGCGGUUCGUGCUGGCGGCAGGGCAGCCGUUGAACGAGACAGUGGUCCAGCAGGGGCCCUUCGUCAUGAACUCUCGUGCCCAGAUUCAGAAGGCCAUGGAGGACUAUUACUACGGCCGCAACGGCUUCGAGAAGGCCAGCCAGUGGAGCUCCGCCUGAUUCUCAACUGUGUCUCUCGGUGUGAUGAUGAUCAACGUCGCGGUGCCUUG